AAGUCGCUACAACGUGAAGUCACUGAAGGUCAGCAGUGAAAGCGCAGAAGUCUAGUCUUCCCGGACUUUGCGAAGGUUACUCGCCCGAGAACAUUUACAACUGUGACGAGAGUGGUGUAUUUUUCAGGGCACUACCAGAUCGAACUCUAGCUAUGAAGACAGAAGAUUGUAAAGGCGGAAAGGUGUCCAAAGAUCGUCUGACAGUGAUGUUCACAUGCAGCGCAACUGGGGACAAGCUGAAACCACUCGUCAUUGGCAAAGCUGCAAAGCCACGGUGUUUCCGUAACAUCGAUGUUCGAUCGCUCCCUGUAACAUGGACUUCGAACAGGAAAGCUUGGAUGACGGCAGCUUUAUUCACCGACUGGUUAAAAGACGUGAACUCUCUGAUGCGAAGAAGAAAGAAAAAGAUCUUGCUUUUCUUAGACAACGCAACGUCUCACUCGCCUGACAUCAGACUGUCCAACGUUACACUCAAGUUUCUACCCGCCAACACCACCUCCCGUUUACAGCCUCUGGAUCAGGGGAUCAUCAGGGCGUUCAAGGCACGCUGCCGAAAACACCUACUCCGAUCAGUCAUCGCCAAGAUCGACGAUACAACCGCUACUGCCAGUGAAGUCGCCAAGUCCGUCAACGUCCUAGGUGCAGUCUACAUGAUAAGCCGGGCAUGGAAUGAAACCAGAGAGUCUACCAUCACCAAGUGCUUCGCCAAAGCUGGUUUUCCGGUACCGAUGACAGCUGAUAACGAAGGCAGUGUAUCCGAAGAAGAUCAAGUUCAAGACGAGGUAGCCGAUCUCAUCAGACAAGGUAGCGACCGUCUUGGUGUAGACAAUAUCGACCCCGAUCACUACAUCGACUUUGACAACUCCAUGCCGACUGAAGAGACAUACAGUGGUGACUGGGAACGUCAACUUGUUGACAACUUUGUCGCUGAUCGUGAGAAUGUCAACCCAGCAGCAGUCGACGACGAUGACGAAGUUGAACCAGAACCAGCCAAAGAUGCAAGUGUCCGUUCAAAUCUCACGUUUCCAGAAGUCCUACAGAUGCUGAAUCAACUGCAGAACUUUGCCGCCGACAAAGACUGUCCUAUUUUGAACCACAUCCAAGAUGCGAAGAGUGUUGUUGAAGCUGCCAUCAUCAAGCAACGAAGCACAGCCAGACAGUCAACAAUCGAUUCGUUUUUCAAGAGGUAAGAACUUUGUAAGCAAUAUGCUGUUACGAACUCUGCUAUAGCAGUUUUUUUUUUUGUUUCCAUGUCAAGAAGUAGGAACUCUGAACUCUAUUGCUACAGUUUUUUAAUUUUGUGGCAAAAUAUUUGUACAUGUACAAAAUUACGAAAGUUUUACUAUUCCAUUUUGUAUGAUUGCAAUUACAUUAUAAAUAUUAAUGUGUGUAAUAAAAUAAUGCUUGGUU